AUGGCAACGAACGGCCAGAAGGAGGAGGGGCUCGGCCAGGAGUUCACCAAGCAGGUCAUCGACUCGUUUGGGCCCAAGACCGACCCCAGACUGAGAGAGAUCAUGGCUUCAUUUACCCAGCACAUCCACGACUUCAUUCGCGAGACGCAGCUCACUACUGAUGAGUGGAUGACGGCCGUCAAGAUGAUCAACUGGAGCGGGCAGAUGAGCAACGAGAAGAGGAAUGAGGGCCAGCUGAUGUGUGACAUCAUUGGUAUUGAGAGUCUCGUGGACGACAUCACCCACCGCAAGCUCGCCAAGGAGGGCCACACUGGCACCAACUCUGCCAUUCUGGGCCCCUUCUGGCGCGCGGACACGCCCUGGAGGGAGAACGGCACCACCAUCACCUUCGACACGCCCAAGGACGCCCAGGUUUCGUUUCUUUACGGCCAGAUCACGGACUCUCACACCGGCAAGCCCAUCCCCAACGCAUCAGUCGAGCUCUGGCAGGCGUCCACGAACGGUCUGUACGAGCAGCAGGACGACAAGCAGGUGGAGCACAACCUGAGGGGCAAGUUCCGCACCGACGCCGAGGGCCGCUACUCGUGCUACUGCAUCCGGCCUACCCCGUACCCUGUCCCCAACGACGGCCCCAGCGGUCAGAUCCUCGAGAUGCUCGACAGGCAUCCGUACCGCCCGGCCCACAUCCACUUCAUGGUCAUCGCCGAGGGCUACCAGACCCUUGUCACCCAGAUCUUCGACUCUGGCUCAGAUUACGUCGACAACGACAGCGUGUUUGCCGUCAAGGAUGGUCUCACCGUCGACUUCGUGCCUCGCAAGGGCGACCCGCAGGCCGACUGGCAGCUGGAGUACAACAUCAGCAUCGGCCCGGCUUGA